UAUACACUAUGGUUCUAUGAACCUCUUUGCACGUUACGCGCUUGCAAUCUCGGAGGUUAUGUCCGACCGCUGAAAGAGGAGUGAGUAAUUCGUGGAGAAAGAAAAGCUUAUUCCUUUCUUCAUGGAGUAAUUCUACCUCGAUGUAACUCACCACAGUCGAUUUUUUGCUCUCUACGGCCAUCGCUGGAACUCGAGAGUUUUUGGGGCGUACUUGCAGCAAUGCGACACUAGCACUGCCGUGUUUUUAAUGUUAUUUCAUUGUCAUUUGCUUCCCUCUUGGCGGCUGCAUGCUUUGAGCCAUUUGUUUAAAAAGCAAAACAAUGUGAGUACGGCAAUGUAUAUACCUGUGAAAUCUGGACGGACAACGGCGCGAUGUGUGACCGAUAUAGUUGUGAGAGUGUUUCAACGACGGCAAGCGCCAUAACUGUUUCAUGGAAGCUAGCCAUGAGCGGAAAUUGUAAGAGAAGAUCAAUGACUCAUCCUUCGUCGUGCCUGCAAGAUUUUCAGCGUCGGAAACUAAGGUAUGCCGAGGGGUUGAAACGCCACCUUGUAGAUUCCAACGGUCCCACGGGGCAAUACGAUGAGGAUAGAACAUGUCAACCAUCGACGUCUAAAAGAAGACGCGUUUCGGUGUUGGACGACUGCAGCAGGCGCUUCGGCACUUCGAUUCCGCCCGAUGCAAACCGCCUGGAAUCGGCUCAGUCAUGCCAAGAAUAUAACGAAUGCAGCGAGGAAAGUGCAAGUAGAACAAAAAACUUGCAGUCAAAUUCGUGUUCUCGAUGCUCCAAGACCUUCUCUACAAGGGUUCAACUCCAGAAGCACGCAACAACGCACCAUGUGACGUACAAAUGUCCUCUGUGCACGCAGACACUUUCCGGAUUGUCACUUUUAAAAAUGCAUGUUAAUUCGGUUCAUAUGUAAGGGCUGCCCAUUACUGUGUUUAUUGUUUGUGCAGUGUCUUUUUGGAGUAGAACGUUCUAACAGAGCUUGCCAGUGAAAUAUUGAACUAUUUUAGCCAACUUCUUGCAGUUAUGACCUGUAGAUAGGAAGUGUCUAGUGUGACAUUGCUUUAGUAUGUGUGGAAUAUUUUAAUAACUGAAUACUCACAAAUCCCUGCUAUGGCUUUCAGAGCUCUGCAAGGGCUGAAACCCAGAAGCA